UGACGUUAGUGUGACUUCGACCAUGGAGUGGUCAUGAACUCGAUAAAGUAAGCUCAGGCUCAGAGUUGAACCAAACUUCAACCGGGGGUAUUUCUGCCUCCAUGUUAGGAUUAAACCCGCAAACAGGACCCGACGAAUACUCCUCCGUCGUAUACGACGGAGUAUUCGUCGGGUCCUGUCCUGUCCUAGGUUAGGACCGGCCAUGGAGGAAUAUUGGACCGGCUGACCCGGUUAGACCGUGGUUGGAAGUCUUCACGGUAGGAGUGCAACUGCAAGGGCCAUAUUCCGUGGCUGACAUUGUGAAUGUGAUGAUGACGUCCGAUAAUGUGAUGCCACCUGAUAAUAAAACAGGCUUAAUAACCGCAAAUCAACCAAUAAACACUGACAGUCGUGACAGGCUUGUAAACAGGUGGACCUAGGCCUAAAUGUAUUUUUGGAGUGUUUUGCGACUUCACUUUUUGGUUAAAUUUUCACAUCUUACUGGAAGACUGGAAGUAGGCUCAUCCUACCUAUGGAGUAUGCAACUGUGAAUGCAUUUUUAGUUUGUUCUGGCACAACCCUGUUGAAGGUGGUGUUUUAGUUUCUUUUGAAAGGAUUCUUAGCAGGAGUUUCCAAUAUAGUAAAAUGCUACUUCUACAUGAGGUAUUGUCUGUAAGUGUUCAACUAAUUAACAAGUUAACAGCAAAAAUGUAACAGUUUUACUCUUGCUCCAAACUUUGGUUUGGGGAAUGAUAUCAUACCGUAAUAUACUGGUACAGACAGGAUAAGUGAGCUGUUGAGGGGCGUGGGACAUCAGAAACCAUUAGUCCUCUUGGUUGGAGAUCCUUUUUAGCUUAAGUUUAAGCAAGAGAGAUGUUGCUGUGAAGGGAAUGAUCCGUUGAUUUGAAAUUUGUUAGAAAUUCCAAGAUGAGCUUAAUUGCAGAGUACCCCACUAUCCCACAGCAUGAUCCACCUCGUACCAUAGCCCACCACAAGGUCAAAACGUCACACUGUUUUUAUGGGGUUUUCUACUUCGUGUCCACAUAACCACUAAACCAAUGAUUUCAGAGGUGUAUCCUAUUUCCAAGUGGCAGGGUAUUCUGCUAUUACUCCCAAAGACGAAAAUUUCAAAAAUGUUUCUUGGUGUCGCCGCUAAAUCACCCAAGGUUGUGUCACAAAAUAUAGAACUGCAUAAGCGUAAUUUACAAUUAUGUCACGUAAUACGUACAUGGGACACAUCAUAAUAAUAUUACUGCUGUUUUGACCUAAACUGCACCCCUGCCUGCUUAUAAAUGUACGUGCUUUCAAUCUGAAAGAAAAAAGGGAGUGAAAAUGAAAAAAACAAAAAUACAAAAUCCUAAGGAUUUCGUCAUGAUGUCAGAGUAGUUAAUCUUAGGAUAAGGACUGAAGUCAUGUAAUCCCCCUGUAUCAAGUCAAGUUUGAAGUUGACGUGUUAUGUGGUCUUGAACUGGGAAGUUUUGUUUUCUGGGAAAUUGUAAAAAGCCAGUCAUCUAAAAAACACUAAAAUAGGUAGGCUAGGAAAUUAAAUCCACCCCAAAUGUUGCAAAAGGAUAGCUAAUCUAUGGUUGAUAACUUAUUACAUUAUAUGCUGUAACAGGCCCCCUCACCUGAGUUCAUCAGGCGACAGGGUAGCACUAUUCACAGGCUAAUUCCCUCUGUGGAUGAGGUGAUCUUUGGCACAGACAUGGGCAAUACUGAUCACAAACAUAUGUAGGCCUCCUCCCUACUUUCAGUAAAUGAUUGAUAAGAAUGAACCUGGUAAGGAAGACCAAGUGUGGUGCAAUAAAUAGCUGUCACUAUGGUAGUACUCUGGUAGUGCCUACACCCUUCCAGAUUAGCUAGGGCUUCAUUAAUUAGGCCUUGGCAAUGGCAUACAUGUACUAAUGGAAAACUUUUUGAGGGAACUUUGAAGUAACAGUAGACCCCAAAGCAUACCACAUGUCUACAUGUACAGGAGGGUUUUGGAGUAAGUGCAUAUGGGUUGGGGCCCGAUAGAUUUGACUUUUAACUCUUUUUAGGGGAAUGUGUUAGACCAAAUGAUGUUAAUCAGAUUUUCUGGAUCAGGGCCAAGCCAUGUUGCAUUGGACCAUUGUUAGAUUUUGCUUAAAGUAAAGAAAUUACCAUUUAGACUUUUUGAGGCCGCAAGGUUUCAUUAUUUUAUAUUUACCACAGGAGUAAAAUAUCAACAAAAUUCCAAGGUGUGCCUUUUGUUCCGUUCAUAGCUACUAGGAAAGGACUUUCUUAUUCCAUUCCUCCAUCCGUCUCAUUUUUUUUCCCUUUUCAUAUUCUAAUUACUGUUAUGCCCCGGCUAUAGCAUCUAUUCCAAUAAAUACAUGUAGUUGGGGCCGUCUCAACAAUAGUGCUGCAGGGCCAGCCCAACUGCAAGUUGCAACAAAACAAUGUUGGUAUCAUCCAAAUACAGUUUGUUCUAUUCCAAUGCUAUAGUUGGAGCAAUACACUGUAUAUACAUGUAUAGGAGAUGCACUUUGCACUUAUGUGAGAACUGAUCUUUGCCCUUUUUGAAAAUUGUUCCUGAAGCAGAGGUGCCUGUAUGACUCACCCUUUUUCAGUUCUGAGACUUACACGAAGAUUAUAGCCCACUGUUAGGAUAUUUGGGGUUAUAGGGUCUUCUGCAGUGUCCAGGUUUAAUCAGCAACAGUGAAUAUGGAAUGCAGAAUAUGCAUUGUGAAAGCUUGACACAGGGAGAGCAUUUUAUAUCAAGGAUCCAGCAAGAUCACCAUUUUGGAGAGUUUCACGUUAUGAUGCUGUUUUGAUAUCAACUGCAGGAGAGAAUGACCUAUUUAAGAAUUUGACCUACAACCCUUGGUAGAAUGGAGUGGGUGGUGGCUUGGAUUGUUGCAAUACUUCUGUCUGGUCUGGAGAGGGUUGAGGCACAGGGAAAUAAUGGUGGCUUAUCAGGUUUGGCGAUAGGUUUAAUUGUAGCCGGUGCUGUAGUAUUUGUUAUUAUCGUCAUUGUGGCCGGACUGUGCUGUUUCAACUACAAACGCAAGCAUCUCGGCCAUUUGGAGUUUGAGCAUCCUGAAUUUGAACGAAGUAGGGAACCGUACAUCAGGACCUCCUCAUUUUCGCAUAACCCGGACCUAGCGCCCGUCCGUUAUGAUGCCACAGUUGCCGACAUAGCAACAGAUAUCCCUACCGGGGCUGAGUCAGAUGGUGAUACUGCCUCAGCUGACAACGUCGUCAUCUCUCCGUCAAAGGCAGAAAAGCGGGAGAGGUUUGAGAAGCAGUUGAGGGAGCUGCAACCACAUGCCGUCACCUUCCUGGAGAUGCAAAAGGAUGUCCAGGAACGGAUCAAGAAUGCCAAACACGGCAAUCCCAGGGUGCAUGGCUACAAGGCAGUGGCCCGCGAUCUGAGUCGAGUGCAGCAUCUGCUGAGCAACAGGAACUCCGCCGGCCUCAAGAUGCCGCCGGAUGGCUUGGAGCUCCUAGCCUGGGCUGGCAAGACGCACGAGAAGUACCUGGAAUUGCAACGGUACAAGUCAAAGAGAGACAGUGGCCUGUCUUCCGAACCCCCGGAGGUGUGGAUCCAGUCUAAGGAUGACUCGGUGUUUGAAGACGAGUCGCACAACGAGAGCGACGUGAUAUAAGGGACACGGACUGCAGUGGUAAUGACAAAGCACGGAAAAUUGGUUUGCGGUAUUUUUUUUUUUUUUACAAUGUGUACUAUGUCUUUUGAUUUGGCAAAUAAUUUUGUAUGUAGUUGAGUUGACAGUGGACCACCCUGUUGACAACAGAAGAUAUAGUGAUUAUCCACACAUCCCAUUUGAGCCCGCUUCAAACAUCGAACUUCUGCCGUGUAAAUUCCAAGAAUAGUGCAAAAUUUUAAUUAGACGUGGAAAAAAGUCAACGUUUCAAGCAACCGCCAACUUCCUGCUGAAAGUUUGACAGGUCUUGCCACUUGUAACAGCAGAAGAGCGGCACAGCUUAGACCAAAAGAUUUUUGCCGUGUCUAAGUCAACUGGCAAGUCCCAAAUCAGAUCUGUAGUGGUACCAUUUUGAAAUGCGCAUGCGCUUGCCAGAUUUGUUUUGAGAACCAAGAGGGACUGUGCAUAAGCAAACAAGAAGAAACUUUUAACCUGUGCCUUAGUUAAUGUUUCGUUGGCGUUUUCAAACUUUUACAAAUGUCUGUAAAACUGCAACGUAUGAAAAAUUGUACAGUGUAUUGCGUUAAAUACUCAAUGAAUAAAUUUUUAUGGGCUGUUUAUGUCGGUUUAGAAAGACUUUUUUAACCCUUGUAAAAUUUGAGCUGAAAUAAAAUUGCAGCUAAAAAUGGUAGUUUAGAUAGUAUUGGUUGAGGAGAGCUGUUGUGAAUGGUCUCCUAACCGUAACACUCCUCAGUCCUCCAACAGGUGAAGGAUUGAGGAGGGUUAGGGUUAAGGUAUUUUGAAAACAUGGAGUUCAAAUAAAGGAGAGGGCAGUGUACAUAAUAGACCUGGAUUUCCUCUACAGUUUGGUUAGGCUACAUGUGUCAAGGUGCCGUAGUGUUUCAGGGAACAUUUCAAAGGGGUCUUAGAAACCAAGACUAAGGCAAUGUCAGCUAUGGUUUCAAUGGCUCCUGAGAAAUUCUGUGGCCUGCAAACACAUCAUUACAAUCAAAAACAACUAGGAGAGACACAUUAUUUCAAUGGACAGAAAACCAAUAGCUUAGUUAUCUGGCAAAAGAGUGCCCCAAAUCUGUCGGUACCACAAUACAUCACUGAACUUGAGAAGUUAAAAGGGCUUUUGUCCUUAAUUUGCCAUCACACUUUUAAGCUACUCCUUUUUGUUAGUAAUGACACAGACAUGGAAUUCUUUGAUAGAAAAAUAGAAAAAUUUUUAUGAAGAGUACUUCAAAAGGUUCAAAAUUUUGUCAUUUUCACUGAUUGAAAUUGUACAUAAGUUUUUAUAUCUUUUGUAAUAUGAAGACUGAAAAAGCUUUGCAAAAUGAUAUAAGCCUUUUGAAAUACAUGUAGUAGAAAAUUUUAUCCAAUUUUUAUAUUUUUGAAAGGAAACGACAGGAAAUGUAUCCGUGUUAUUUUUACAGCUGAAAUUGCUUCUGCCUAGUUUCUGCCUAGAGGUUGAGCAAUAUUCACAUAUCUUAGAUGCCAACAAGAAACAGCGGCCGGGUUCAGACCAGGCUGUUUCAAGAGUAAUUAGAAUAUAGUAAAUCAGUGCCAGGCAUGUGUGUCUUGGACAAGUCACCACAAUUUUUAUUUUGUGGAAGACUGAAGGCAAGAGCUCUGUGUAGCUCAUUACCUAGGGCCUGCUUGUUUCAAGCGAUCCAGGUUGUGAUUAGUGAUCCGAGGUUGGUUCACUGACACCAGAACUCCACUAAUUGAUAUUGCAAACCUGCUUUCAGAUCACUGAUUAUAAACCAGAUCUGUGUGGAACAAACAGACCCUGAGAUGUACGUGCAUGGAUGCAACUUCUGGGGGACAUGAAGACAUCAACGAGAAGUCACGUUGCUUGCCUAGUUGUGACUGGACUCGUGAUCAAGCCCUGGUGUUGGUGUUUGUCUGUAGCCCAAGGCAUAAAAUCUGGCAUGACACCAGUACACUGCACUUGAUAUGCUACAGAGUGGUGUACUAUGACAUAUUGGCAAAUAGAAAUAGAGCGAUGAAAAUCUUCACACAUGUGCUAGACUUGAAUCAAGUCCAAGUCGGACUUAGGUUGCUCUUCCCUAGUCAGCCAUCCCUUUAGUUGGUACGUGUAUACAUACUACAUGGUCGUCGCGCUCAGCCCGGCAGCUCACAUAACCCUUACAAGGCGCCCUCACUUGAUAACCUUUAUUGUACAAAAUGUGUCAUACGUCACCAGUCAGUAAGUCCGACUUGAUGGAUAAGCCAAUCGGACCCCCUGUA